AAAGAUAGUCGUACCUUUUAAUUGAGGUCAGUCCAUCGAAUAAGUCUGCGUGAGCGCGGCUUCUUCGGACCUAAGUGGACAUCCAUGUCCACCGGUUUCUGCAGGUCUCUAAUCCUCAGAAACAUCAGCAAACAUGUCUUUGGUCGCCUAUGGCAGCAGUGACGAGAGUGACUCGGAGGAAACGUCCGCCUCUCCUGCAGCGGAGAGAAAACCGAGUGGAGGGUCACUGUUUUCUGUCCUGCCUGCUCCGAAAGCAUCUGGAUCUGCUGAGAGAAAGGAAGGACAGAAGCAUGCAGCAGCGGACAGCACUUCGAGGGAUGAUGUAGAUCCCCAUCCAUCUACAGGACGUUCUUUCUUAUCCAGCCUGCCUAAACCGAAGAAACGAACCGAGCCUGUCAAGAUCACUGUCCCACAGGUCCAGAGACACGAUUCAGACUCUGAUGACGAUGAACCAGCGAAGAAGAAGAUACAAGCUCAGGGUGCAGGUUCAGGCUUGUCCUCCAUUCUCCCAAAACCCAAAAACCUGAUGGUGAAGGAGACAGACAGACCUCUGAUUCCUCAUACACUCACCAAACGGCAAGAAGCCAAAGGGCCCAAAGCCCCUGGAGCUCCUGCUCAGGGUCUGAUUGGAUCCAGUGCGUCUCCCUCUGCCAUCAAAGCUGCAGCCAAGUCUGCAGCCAUGCAGGUGGCUCGACAAAUAGCGACAGAUGAGCAGGAUAACGAGGAGGACAUUUCACCACAGAACUACUUCUCCCUCGAGGAGAGCUCCCAGCCUCUUCCUGCAGUUGACCCAAGUUUGGAUCCUGAACCAGGAGCCCCUGCUGAAACCCGUCAUUAUUCAGCUGCUGGUGAGCUCGGACAGUCGGAUGCCCCUCUCGAAUUUGGCGGGACCCACGGGGCAGAGGGUGAAUGGGGAGGUAGUCCGUAUGAACAAUCCAUGGCAGGCCCAGAGGGUUUUCCUCAGGGAUACUAUGAGCCCUACUACCAAGAUCCUAAUCCUGGAUUGGCAGAUGAUGAGGAGCCUGAACAGUCUGCCAUGUUUGAUGAUGAAGGGUUCAUGCGACUGCAGGGGAAAAGAAACCGAGGCAAGGAGGAGGUGAAGUUUCUGGAGAUCAAAGGGGACGACCAGCUGAGUGGGAAUCAGCAGUGGAUGACCAAGAACUUAUCGGAGGAAAAGCAGACCCGGCAGUCUUACAGCAAGAGAAAAGGCGUACAGCCCACUGGACAACAGAGGCGCAAACAUCAGAUAACGUACCUCAUUCACCAGGCAAAGGAGCGUGAACUGGAGCUGAAGAACAACUGGGCAGAAAACAGGCUAACCCGCCGGCAGACCCAGGCCAAAUAUGGCUUCUAGCAUCUGUCACUGUGGACUGUAGCAUCUUACAGAUGCACUAAGAAACUGUGUUUAGGUGCAAAGUGUAUAUAAACGAAGCGGAUUGUUCUUCCUGCCCUCCACUCUGUAAAGAAUUCAGUUUUUAUUUGAAAUAUUCUUCCACAUCUAAAAUCCGAGUCAUGGCUGCCACUCCUCAAAGUAAAAAUAACCAAUAAAACCCUACAAGUGUUUAAGGUACUGACCGUCAACCUGUAAUAGAAAUAUAUAUGUUGCCUGUUAUGUUUUUUCCUUUUGGAUGCAUUUUCCCUAUUUUUCUGUAAUAAGAGGUCUUUUAUAAAUAUGUGGUGAGAAAACGUGACGUUUGGCUCUGGGGAUCAGACAUAGAAAUACGCUGAAGUUGUUGGAAAGCGGUGACGUGUUAUAUUCAUUCUUUUAAGUCAACUUGCAAAAAUAAUUUUCCUUUUGAUCUUGUCAGAUGAAAACUGAAAUACCAGAGAACCAAACAUGAACGUUUAAGUUAUUUAGCUGAUCCAGACCAGAAGUCCUUUAAAUAAAAAAAU